AUGAGUGCAUACGGAAAUAACAACUACGCUCGUCCCGCCUAUGGGGCAGAUGGCGGCGACAACGGGGGCGGUUUCUUUGGAGGCUCACAGGGCGGCAGCCAAGGCGCAGGAAGGGGCCUGAGCGAAGAGUCCCUCCGCCCCGUCACGAUAAAACAGAUAAUCGACGCCGAGCAGGCCUACCCAGACGCCCCCUUCCGCAUCGACAGCCUCGACGUCUCACAGGUCACCUUCGUGGGCCAGGUGCGAAACGUCUCGCCACAGACCACCAACAUCACCUUCAGACUCGACGACGGCACCGGCAUCAUCGAGGUCAAGCAGUGGAUCGACGCAGACAAACAGGACGACUCGAAACCCUCCUUCGAGCUCGACCAGUACGUCCGCGUCUGGGGCAGGCUUAAGAGCUUCAACAACAAGCGACAUGUUGGUGCCCACGUCAUCAAGCCCAUUGCCGACUUCAAUGAGGUCAACUACCACCUGCUCGAAGCCACAUACGUACAUUUAUUCUUCACCAAGGGCGCCCCCGGCGGCGAGGGUGCUGGUGGUGCCAAGGCCAACGCUGGAGACAACGACAGCAUGUUUGUGGACGGUGGCGAUGGUGGCUAUGGAGCCAACGACAACGACUCCAAGGUGGCCCACCUCUCGGCCAAGGCCAAGCGCUUCUACAACUAUCUGAAGCAUGCUGAAGGCGGAAGCGAAGGUAUAAGAAUUGAGCAGAUCGCCUCAGGCGUGAACAUGAGCGUCCAAGAUGCAGCAGCGGCGGCAGAGGAGCUCAUCGGUCCGGGCGUCAUCUACACCACUAUGGAUGAUGAGACAUACGCUAUUCUGGACUACUAA